UGCCACAUGCCGCCGCCGCCAUAUAUUCAAAAUCAAAAUUCAAGUUCAAUUCUAAGUAAAAUUGUAUUAAUAGCAAAUAUGUCCGUUUCGUGUGGAAUUUAUCAUGAGCGCCAGAGCCGGCAAUUGUGCGCUUUGCAUGCCCUAAACAAUCUGUUUCAGGGCAGGGAUCCCUACACCAAAUCGGAGCUGGACGAAUACUGCUAUAGCCUGACGCCCCGCUCCUGGCUGAAUCCGCAUCGAUCGUGGUUCGGUUGGGGCAACUACGAUGUGAAUGUCAUCAUGUAUGCCCUGCAGCAGCACCACUGUGAGACGGUGUGGUUCGACAAGCGUCGAGAUCCCAAAUGCCUCAAUCUUGACCAGAUUAUGGGCUUCAUUUUGAACGUGCGUAGCCCGCUGACCCAACUCUUGCCACCGCCCUUCAGAAUGCGCCACUGGCUGGCCCUGCGCUGCAUCAAUGGCCGCUACUACAAUCUCGACUCCAAGCUCCGGCAGCCCACGUGCCUCGGGAAUGAGGCAAAUUUUUUGAAUUAUCUACGCGAACAGCUGCGGCCGCACACCGAUCAAGAGCUCUUCAUUGUCAUGACCAACGAUCCGACGAAGCGAGACGAAGGCGAUGAUGCCACCACCAGCGCGGAUUCGGAGCAGAUGAGGGUCAACGCUAAGGAUAAUGACCAGCGCUGGCUAAAGCCACAAUUCCGAAAUGCCAAGGGAAAUAAUACCAAUUAA